AUGGUGACUGGUUCAAGACGUGACAAUAAUACUUCAUAUUUUCAAAAAGGUUUAUCAGAAUGGUGGAAUCAAGAGAGUGAAUAUUUAAUUCAAAGAAUCGAAAAAUGGACUGGUUUUUCACGCGGAUAUAAUCGUUUAAAAACAAUUAAAUCAAUUGAUGAUGAUGAUUGUGAAAUUGAUGAAAAUUUAUAUUAUAAACGUAAAAAAAUAACAGAAAAAAAUAAAAUAAAUUGUUGUGGUAAAUUUAAUUAUCAAUCAAAUAAUAAUUUCGAUAAUACAUGUUUAGAAACAUACAGAUAUGAUCACAGUAUUUAUUUCAAAACAAUUGGUGAUAUAAAAAAUAGUAAAAAUAACAAUCAAAUUGAUGAUAAACAUGAUAAUAUUUCUAAUAAAACAAAAACAUUAUUAAAUAAUGAAGAAAACAUUGAAUGGAACAUAAAAAUGAAUGACAAUUAUUUAAAUUAUUGCUAUAAUAGUAAUGAUGAAAUUUUAAAUGAUAAUUAUAAUUAUUUAAAAAAUUAUAACAAUAAUAAUGAUGAUUUUCAAAAAUAUUUAAGAACGGUCUGGCCGAAUAUCAAUGAAUUUAUUGAGGAUGAAGCAAAUAAAGAUGAUGAUGAUAUUGAAAAUGAUAAUUCAAUUGAAUUUAAAAAUAAUACACAGCUUAAAAAUCAUGAUAAAAGUUUAUCAAGAUUUUUUAAAUCACGUAAAAUUAAUAAAUCACAAAAAUAUCAUAGUAAAGAAAUUAUUUCAUGGCCAAGUGUAAUAUUUAAUUACAAUAAUAAUAUGGAUCAAGAGUCAUCAAAAACAUCACCACAUCAACGAGAUUUUAAUAUUCAAUUAAAUCAUUAUUAA